GCUGAUGUGUUCUGUGGCAGAACUGAAGUAAGACUUGUCGCGGAAGAUGCUGUGCAAGACUUCUCUGGUCAAAUCCCCGCAACUCCAACCUUGUUUGAUCUUAUAAAACAGUUGCAGCAACAAGUUACCACUAGCUUGGCUCUCGUUUUCCCUCUCGAGGUUCAAAGGGAACACUGCUUGAUGGAUGCAUUAGAUUCAGUGAAUCAAAGAGGGUUUGAUCGACAAAAGACACCUGCGGUUGAAUUUCUUGGAGAAGAGGGAGUGGACAGUGGCAGUCUGAGAAGAGCGUUGUGGCGUUUAGUUGCCAGGAAUGCUCAAGGCUUUCUGCAAGAAAACUUUAAGAAAUUUGGAGUUUUAAUAGCGAUGGCAUUUGUUCAAGAUGGCAUGGGCUGUCCUGUCUUUGCACCUUGUGUUUAUAGCUACUUAUGUGGCAAAACACUAACUGAAAUCAAACCAGACAUUAUGGACAUCCCUGAUCCAGACGUCUGUUCAAUUGCUAAGCAGGUGCUGUGUAGUUGUUCACAUUUUACUUGUUGUUUGCAAUGACAGUUCUACAGAUUGCAGAUGCCAAUGGCCCUGAAUUCGACAAUCUACUGACGGACAAUGAAGUGCUGCAAAAGCUCAUGGAUGCAGGCUACACGAAGCCUCUUCUUCAAAUCUAUAAGCAGGAUAUGCUGUCUGCAUUAGCAGUUCAUUUUUGCUUACUCAGUGUAAAAGCUGAGUUAGAUCAAUUGCGUGAGGGACCGGAAACUCUUCAUGUACUGUCAGCAAUGAUGAAGCACCCUCAUGUGUUUCAAUGUCUUUUUGUUGCAGAACGCAACCCUCUGACUGCAGUCGUGCUCAAGAGUUUGUUAAAAGAGCAUUUUUCUGAAAAGGGGUCAAAUUCCAGGAGAGAAGAAGAAGCAAGUUACAUCUAUUUUUGUUGCUAUCUUGAAGAUUUGGAGGGUUUAGUUGUUUGUAUUGACUCUGUCUAUAAUUUGACAAUUAAUUAACUGUCUAUGGUAUAUAUACUUGUAGGUGUUGUUGUUGAGGAUCUUACUAUGGCGGACUUGCUAGUGUUUUUCACAUUCCUGUCAUGGGCUUUGAACCAACGCCCAGCUUACACUUUAACUGCAUGGACAUCUAUCCCACAACAUCAACUUGUGGACAUGAAUUGGUCUUACCAACUAAAUCCUAUGGAGAUGAAGCUAAAUUCAAACAGGCCAUGACUGCUGGUUUGUUGUUUUAUGGAGGCUAUGGAAAGAAGUGACUCCUAUGAUUGAUACAGGUCUAGCACAGCAGUCAUUUUCCUUUAGCAUGCAUGCAGAUCCACAAGUAUCAGAAGCAGGUGCAGGAGUGAACAAUUAAAUAUCAAUUAAAGUGUAGUAAUUAGGUACUAGAGGCGUUGAAGUGUCAAGUGUAGUAAUUAGUUGAAGUAUGGGCUAGUUAUAAUUAUUGGGGCUAUAGACUUUGUAGGAUGAAAUAAUAUGGUUGGUGGAGUUU